AUCCAUGGAGCCUAGGGAGUGGAAGAAUUCAGUGGUACUCAGGCCCUCUGAGUUCAAGUCCCAGCCCUGCCAAGAGCUCUAUGUUGAUUGACAAGUCAUUUGAGCUCCCCUCUUCUUCCAUAUCUAUUCAGGGUUCAGCCAUCCGUUGCCUACUACAUACCAGCACUGACAUUCUAGGAUUCUGCAUGAGUUCUGUUUUAAUGCCCUUGGAGGUAUUGUUUCUCUGGGCUCUGAUGUGAAUUUUCACAGCACUGUGCUUGCAGGGUGCCUGGCACCUUUAAAAAUAAAAUGGGUGUCACAGAUGUCGAGGAAUAGUAUGAGAGUUUCUUGAGGGCCAUUUGCACAGAGAUGCUUGGGAAACAUUGAGCAAGGCUUGGCAUCACUGCCUAGAAGGAGUGGGGGUCUUCUCUCCUUACACUUUGAUCUGAAAUAUAAGCCAACAUCCCUGUCAUGGCGGCUGUUGGCAUCUAGUACAUCUGGUGACCGGAUGGAGAUGUCCAGCAGAACAUGACUCUGGAAGGAGCCCAAAUGAGAAUCGGUCUGUGAAGACUCUGCCUACCUGCCAGACAGGUACCAGGCAGGAAGGAGCAAAACAGGUGGACCAUGAGGCAUCACCUGAUCCCUGCCAAGACCCUCACUCUCCUACUUUUGACCAGAUCCUGGGCCCCUCCCAAGAGGCAAGAAGGGUCAUCCAACUGGUCUCACAAUUAUGAAGAGCCUCCAUGUUGGAUGCUGGAUGUUGUCUCCAAGAUGCAGGGCUACCGUCAUAGGAAUAUAAGGAGUAGAUGUCUGUCCCCCACCUUGAAGUUUGUGUCCUGUUACUGGAUCACACUACAUUACAAAUGAAAGUUAUAAAUCCUGUAAUUAUCAUGUGAUGAGGACAAUCGUUUCCCACUGUAUUUAUGCAAUAAAACAUCACUUUGUUAAACACAGACAUAUCAAAUAUUCCUCAACUUUUGUAACCUUGUUUUGACAUUUCUUAAUUAUUUUGUUAACAUACUGGGAACUUUUAAAAACAUGUUAGUGGCUAGGCUUUGGGCGACCAAGCCUCUCAUGUUUCUGUUUUCCCCCACUCCAUUAGAUACAAACGGUGACCAAGAAAGUCUUGGUGGCACCUCUGUCAGAUGAGGAGGGCAAUGCCACCAAUGCUGUCAUCUCCUUGUUGAACGAGACUGUGAUGGAGGCACCUGAGGAAGCGAAGGUGGUUAUCAAGAAGGGCCUGGAGUUCAAGGACGGCAUGAAUGUCUUAGGUCUGAUAGGGUUUUUCAUUGCUUUUGGCAUCGCCAUGGGGAAGAUGGGAGAGCAGGCCAAGCUGAUGGUGGAAUUCUUCAACAUUUUGAAUGAGAUUGUAAUGAAAUUAGUGAUCAUGAUCAUGUGGUACUCUCCCCUGGGUAUCGCCUGCCUAAUUUGUGGAAAGAUCAUUGCAAUCAAGGACUUAGAAGUGGUUGCUAGGCAACUGGGGAUGUACAUGAUCACGGUGAUUGUGGGCCUCAUCAUCCAUGGGGGCAUCUUUCUCCCCUUGAUUUACUUUGUAGUCACCAGGAAAAACCCUUUCUCCUUUUUUGCUGGCAUUUUCCAAGCUUGGAUCACUGCGCUGGGUACUGCUUCCAGGUAGAGAAUACAAGAAAUCACCUUUCUUUCUCUCUGCUCAUUCCUUUCCCCUCUCUGCCACUUCCUCUUUGCAAAACGCUUUCAUCAUAAAGUUCAAUGAGAAUGUGUUUCAUGUAUUAUUAAAAUAUUUCUGAAAAAGGUAAA